AUGAAUGCACCCGAUCGUUUCGAAUUAUUUGUCCUACCGGACGGAGCUAAAAAAGUUACAAUGGUUAGAGACACAAAGAUUCCAAAUGCAUCAAUGUUUACAAUAUUAAAAGAGGAUCACACAAUUGGAAACCUCAUUAGAAUGCAAUUAAUUGCAGACCAAGAUAUCAUAUUUGCAGGUUAUAGAAUGCCUCAUCCAUUAGAACAUAAUGUUAAUAUUAGAAUUCAAACAAAUAAUAAUACAAACCCAUUAGAAUGUGUACAAAAAUCAAUGGAAUGUUUAUCAAGAGAGUUUACAAGUUUAGAAAAUUCUUUUAUUGAACAAGUUCAAAAAAAAAGAAAUGUUGCAGAUCAAUAUAUUUAA